GACUGGCCACAACUGUCUCAUAUAUAGCUGAGAAGAGAUAAACCACCUGUGCCAAACUCGGGAGUGGGCUAUUUUGGUACGCGUGUUGCAACAUUAAAACCAACGUCAGAGAAUUGUCUUCAGGUGUACGCUGAAAAAGCUGUCCUAUCACGUCUUCAGCCCUGCAGUUAUAUCUCUCAUCACAUCUACCACUUGUGAAGAUUUCCUCUCUUUCUGUUUCUAAUUAGCACACCUCAGAGAGAUUCAAGUAGAACUAAGCUGCUUUAAAUGUCACUUUUAACAAAUUAUUUAGUACAACAUGGACUCUGGAAGUCUCCUGGCCUUAAAUAUAUUCAUUAGGACGAAAUAUUUUCACUCUUAGGCAGUCGAAAUCAGCUUGUGUGAAACAUUUUAAACAUACAGCCUGUAGAUUACCAGUGUGAUCUGCUCUGUGUUCAUGUGUCCAAAUACCUUUUAGUGAGAGUAAACCCCUGACAGUGUUUGUAGUGUAACUUCUGACAGAGUUUGCCAAAAGGGGUUAACUCUGGUCCUUGGAAGGAGGCAUUUUAACUUUUUCCUUUUUAUUUUCCUUUUAGAGUUGCCACCCAAAAGAACAAAGCUAUUUCACUUUCCCUCCCCAGAAGAAGGCACAUUUAGAGAAUGUAUACAUGGCAGUUUUAAUUACAGGCAUCCCUGUAGGCUGUGCUCAGUUGUGUAAAUCAUUUCAAUCAUUUCUAAAAGGGGAAAAAAAAGACGUUCACAAUUUGUGUUCUUUUGAGCUCAAAUGUGGAUUUGCACUUUCGAUUGACUUUAUUUGGAAAAGGUGAAACCCCACAGAACAAAAUCUUAUCGGCUCUGAGUGAUCGCGUGAUUACUUCAUGUACUGUCACCCUGGUUUCAGCGCCUCCAGAAAAAGUCAACAAACAACAGGAGUUUUGGGUGAAAGAGUAAAAAAGUUUAUAGUGUUUGCUUCUAUGUUUCACACAGGCCAGGUAUAACCCAGUUAUAGCUGACCCACAGAGAGGCCUCUGAUGCUCAGUAUGGUUGGUGGUGAGAGAUAAAUUAGCACAUAGGCUACAGGAGUUCACGCCUCUCAGGCUAGGUGACGGUUGUUACGCUUUUGUCUCUAGUAUUGUAGUCUGUUCUCAUACAAGGAUAUAACAUGUAGUAACUAGAACACUUGUAAAUAGUUGACCUACUUUGUAUGCACGUUUAUUCUGGAGGUUUUUCUUCUUUCUUGUUCUGAGGCAAACAGCCAACUCUAACAGCAGCUUUGUGACAUGUCGAAGCACCAAGAUGGCAUGUACAAGACGCCGACGUACCCGAGUUAUCCGUUCCUGAUGUUGCCUGAUCCCUACCUCCCCAACAGCUCGGUUUCUCCAUCUUCCAACAAAGUGUCUGUGGUGCAGCAGUCUCACGGGAUGCACCCGCUCACGUCCCUCCUGCCCUACAGCAACGAGCACUUCAGCCCGAGUCCUCCGCACCUGCCGACAGACAUGAGCCAGAAGACAGGCGUUCACAGGCACCAGUCCCAGGACCUCUCAGGGUACUACUCCCUCCCUCCAGGCGGCGUCAGCCAGAUUAGUCCCUCCAUGGGCUGGCAGAGCCAGCCUGUCUAUCCUGCUCUGUCCCCCUGUGGAUUCAGGCAGACCUACUCCUCCAACCUCUCCAGCGCCCCUUCCUACUCCAGGUUCCCUCACUCUCUGAUGCUGGGCCCAUCAGGUAUGCAUCCUACAGGGAUCCCCCACCCAGCCAUAGUGCCCCCCACAGGCAAACAGGAGCACGAACAGUAUGACAGGGGCAUGUACGUGAAACCACAGGAGGUCAAACGGGAGAAGGAGCCCAAGAAGCCGGUCAUCAAGAAGCCCCUGAACGCCUUCAUGCUCUACAUGAAGGAAAUGAGGGCGAAGGUCAUCGCCGAGUGCACAUUAAAGGAAAGCGCCGCCAUCAACCAGAUUCUGGGACGAAGGUGGCACGCGCUGACCCGGGAGGAACAGGCCAAGUACUACGAGUUAGCCAGGAAAGAGAGACAACUCCACAUGCAGCUCUACCCGACCUGGUCUGCCAGGGACAACUACGAGGCGGGCCUUAGCGGGGUCGCAGGGGAAAAGAGUAAAGCUGAUUGGGGCAAAAAGAAGAGGAGAAAAAGGGAGAAGCUGCAGGACUCCAAUACAGACCCGGGCUCUCCUAAGAAAUGCCGGGCUCGCUUCGGCCUCAACCAGCAGACGGACUGGUGCGGUCCCUGCAGGAGGAAAAAGAAGUGCAUUCGCUACCUUCAAGGAGGAGGCUGUCCCAGCCCAACUUCUUCAGAUUUAAGUGCUAUAGACUCUCCCCCAUCCCCGUCCCCCGCCCGCCACCGUCUGUACCAGCACCAGCGGCCCCCCUCCCCGGGCUGCUCCCCACCGCCCACCUCCCCAUCAACACGCCUCCCCUUGUCUCCACCAGCACACACACGCUCUCACACACGCUUACCCCUGCAACAGUCCGCCGGCAAGCGCGGCGACCUCCGACAGUCCGAGGCCAAACACGCCCACACACACCUGGAACUGUCCAGCAAGCAGACGCACAGCUCGACGGCUGCGCUGUCGGCCGCCAAGGCUGCGGGACUUUCUCUCAAAGUGCUAACAGAGACUCAGUGAAGGCUUCAGUCUGCUCACAGCCCUGACCCUGUUCACUUCAGCUCCCCCCUCCCCCCCAGAGUCAUGCACAUCAUCUCCUUCACCUGCCGUCGUUACCACAUUCACCUGCACCCUGUGGCCCUGUGGUAGGAGUAACCGAGGGCAGAAGGGUGGUGUAGCGAUGAAGGGGGAGCCAUCCUUCAGUCCCUGGUGAUAGCCGGCAUUCACACUGACAGAUUGCCCCAGAGUCAAAUGCUAGCAGGGUCCCGGUUCAGAGGCUGGAUCCUCUGGAGUCUGCAAUUGUAGACCGAAUACGUCAUAAACGGGUCAGUGAGGAAAAGCUUCAGAAAUCAUCAAUUCUGUAAUCAGGCAUUCAGGCAGUCAUUGUCAACCUGAAAGUCUGGAAAUAUCCUCAUCACAUAUGUGGUGGUGGAGGAUCCAGCCUCUGAACCAAGAGUUCCAGUUGUUUGGAGGCAGACCUGCGCUGACGGCAGAAUUUAUGUGGAGCUUACAAAUCUGUGCUUCUUUGGCUCCAUCUGCUGCAGCUGAACACAAAGUGUUAAGUUUUGCCUUGAGGACAGCUCUGCCUCUUGAGAGAUAAUUUUACAAAUAAAACUCCUAAAGCACCUUUUGUGCUCCUUUUUUUAAAAAAAAAACAAAAAAACUGUGCUUUGACCUCCACGACAAUCACAACCAAAAUGUAAAAGCUAAAAAAAAAAAAAAAAAAAAAAAAUGCGGCAGAGAUAAGUUCUGGCUUCACAGUGAGACUCUUUUUCGGUGGCCACGGUGUUGUCACGUAUACUCUUUCUCAUCCACCAUUAUUGUUCAAACCAAACCAGAGGGGAGCACAGACCAACAAUCAGCCUGUCUGACCAGCAGACCCUCACGUCCAAAGAGAGGGACAGAUUGACUUUUUUUGUUUGUUUGUUUUUGUUAACCGUUCAAAUUCAGUUUCACUCCAUUUCCAAAUAUCUUUUGAACUACUUGUGAAGCCCUUUUGAUAAAGGAAAAAAAAAAAGUUGUAAGCAGGCUAAAAAAGUACCAGAAGUACACAUGACAGAGUAUCCCCAACUUCAAGUUACUUUUUUUUGAGGCACUUUCAGGCUGUCAGUCUCUCACUCUAUUAGGGUUACAUUUUUGUUCUGUUUUUACUUAAGUUUUGGUAUUUUUUGUAUGACUCUCGUGUGAUUUUUAAGGUCAAGUGUUUUGCUGUUGGGGAAACCCAGAGAGUUUUUUGGUCUUUUUUUGAAGUCCCAUUUUGCUUUUGACUGAACAUUUUGCAGCUCUGUAAACUAAUCUGAGACCAAAUGGGUACUAUUAUAUUGCAUUGUGUUGUAAAGUUUUAUAAAUGUUGGAAUUCCCUAUUAUAAUUAAACUUUUAUAUGUUUAUGUAAAAAAAAAAAUAAGUGAAAUAACAAAAAAAAAUUAGUUUCUACCAUUUCUUAAAGCAAUACAUUUUGUGUUUGUCCUCUUGUGCAGAAUUUUACUUUUUCUUGGUCGAGUGUUACUGCAGCAGCAUUCAGACGAUAUCUUGUGCUCUCAGUCUGUGCAUGUUCCAACUUAAUGUAACAAAAAAAAAUAGAUUUUGACUUUCAAAAAAGGCUUUAAUUUACUGCUCUCCUUGCAGCUUCAAACUCAGCUUCCGACGUUGUGGCCAAAGUGGAGGCUGAGCUUUUGUACAGCAAAACCAUUUUCCUCCAGCAGAGGGCGCUCUUGUGCUAGAAAUAGCUUGUUUUAUUUUGAGGGUGUUCACGCAAACCGUUAAGUGGCAACAUUUUGCAGACGUCUUUUGUAUUUUUUAACGCCUCAAACGCCUCUGAUGUAUUACUUGUUUUUGUUUGAUGUAUUAAAGUGUUUUGAAUAUCUCG